GAUUUUUUAACAGUUGCGUUCAGUCUUCAGAAUGCUAUAUAAGUAUAACAAGGAAUAUUAUAAUUUAGAAAUAAACAAAAAAUAAUAAUAAAAAAGACUGAAAACAGCGUAGGCUAAUAGCUGGUAAUAGCUAAUUAUUAAUAACGCUGAAAAUAUGAAAUAAAAAUAACAAAAAUGGCCUGAACUAAAAAAUAUCUUGAAAGAAGUUCCGAAUUUUUGAAAUUUUUCUGUAAAAAAAAUGAUUAGGCGGAAGGCGGCCUACUCACUUAGAAUCUUUAGUUUUCGAACAAAAUAUUUUAUAAACUUCUAGAUCGCGAUUGAUUUAUAGUUUUUAAUAGUUUUUAACCCCAAUAUUUUGCCAAUUUAUUCAGGAAAACUAAAGAAAACAUCUAGGCGGAUACGUCUACUGACAGCAAGCUGAUCAGCUGUUAGAGCAGACGAUGAAAUUAUGUCUUCCCUUCUUGCGAGUUGAGUUGAGUUGUCAUACAACCGGUGAACCGGAUAUUCAGACUAUAGACAGUAGGCCUAGUUAAGAACAAUAAAAAUUCAGUGAAAACUAUUUCAAAUGGGAAAUGUCGUAUAAGAAUUUGACAGAAAAGGUUACUCGUUUAGUCAAGUCUUUGCCUAGUACUCUGUCACUGUCAGUAAAGCCGCUAAAAGGGAGAGUUUCUUCCUGGAUAUAUCUUAAAAAUAAACAAUACGAGGAGAUUGUUGGUCUGACGGAAGUAAAGGCAGCACAGAAUCGUGUUUUGCUGUCAGAACAAAAAUUUAUCAAGUCUCAGGAAGACAGACGAGAUCUACAAAGAAAAAUAAGUCUUGUACAACUAAAAUUACAUGAACUUCAUAUUGAACUAGAUCGAGUUCCACGGGGGGAUGAUAAAUAUCUUGCUCUCAUUACCCAGGAACACUCUGUGAUCAAGGAAGAAAAAUUUCUAAAAGAAGACUUACAGUUGCUAGAAAAAGAAGAACGAGAAAAUUUUGCUAUCUUGUCACAUACUGUAAGAGAUUCUCAUGAAAAAGAAAGAGCACAAGCUGAAAAAACUAAAUAUUGGUCAAUUAUUGGAUCAGUUAUGGGUACAAUUGUUGGUGUUCUUGGAUCCACAAUCAACAAUCAUUUGAAAAUGAAAGAGCUCAGAGAAUUGGUUGAAAAUGCAACUAAACACAACCACAUACUUAUGAAUCCAGAAGAACUAUCAACACAUAUUUCUUCUGCUGUACAGCAACAUUUGCAAGCACCUCAAACAAGUCAAGAUGUUUUAGAAGGAAAAUGGAAGGAGUUAAAAAGUUCCUUGUUACAAACAAUACAGCAUGAAUCUGAGGGCCAAAAAAAAUCCCUCAUAGAACUAAGCCAGCAAUUCAAAGCCUCAAACAAUACUGUAGUCAGCAUGGACAAUGUAAAUACUAUGGAUGUAGAAAACUUUUUUUGUACAGCAGAGCAAAACAUGAAAACUUUAUUAGAUCAGCAAGCACAGCAUAGUAAUAAACUCUUUGCCAUCAGUGUUAUUCUAAUUCCAACUUGCACUUGGGUGUUAUGCAAGCUUUUAAAUCUUUAAUUUACAUAUCCUCUGUGGGGUAGGAAAAUAAAUUUGUAAACUGUAUUUUAAUAGAGUAAAUCUGAUUCUGUAAUACGAAGCAUUAUAUCUUGUUUAAAACAAAUAACUGAUACUAAUACGGAAAAUUACAACCGGUAAACUUG